AUGGAUGCGGAGGGAUACUUUCCCGCCGAUAUAUCCGCUGUCCCACACGAUGAAGAAACUGUGACGGCGUCGACGACAGAAGAAGAGAAAAAUUUUGUUGGUUUCCCAUCAGCGACAUCAAAAAGACUGAUGCACGGCCGGAAACGACGCGAUCCGCCGCUACUUUCGACAAUUCAAGAAGUACCGUCGAUGACAAGCAUCCUUCCUGCUGACACUUCCAUUUGUUGUUUGUUAUGUUUCAAUAAGAUCAGUGGAGCUGUACCCAACUUCGUCAAGCCCUGUCAUUGUCCAUUAGUGUUCGUUCAUACAACGUGCGCCAUCGACAACGAGACAUUUUUCGGAGGCACUUGCAGUCAAUGUCAUCAAAAGUACCGACCGGAACAGACAACACCGCGACAAUCUCUCUCUCCUUCCAAAAGCACAUCGGGACGACUAUUGUUCAUGUCGAGCAAAGCAUCAACAAGCUCUCCAAAACAGUUGGAAGCCGCUAACUCGUGUGCAUUGUGCCAAAACCAGAAAUAUCAAAACCCAGAAUGGUCGGAACGAAAUAACGCAAAGCUGAUUCGUCCAUGUUUCUGCGGUUUUCUUGUUCAUCACGGAUGUAUCAGUGAACAUUUGAAACAAGAGAAAACAUGUGAAUGGUGUGGAGUCAAGUAUCGAUACUACAGAUACGGUUCAUUCGGCGACUUCUGUCGACGUUACUCCAUUCAACACGUCUGUUACGUAUUCUUGUUCGCUUUUCUACUCUUCUUCUUCGUACUUGCAUUCCGGGGGUGCUAUAUCUUUACCGGAAAGGCGAACUUUUCAGCUAUCGCGCUCACUAUUCUGUCACUAUUUUUCCUCGCUAUUCUCGUCGGUGCCGUAGUUUUCACAAUCCGGCACACCAUCAAAACGCGACUACCUCGGUUCAGGAAACGAUACGGAAAAGUGACAGUGGUUCCAUAUGAUCCGGAUGUUCGCUCGAAGAGAGAGGUGCUUCGAUCUCUGAAAGCGUCGAGAAAUGAAUCGAUCAGUGAAUUUGAUAUUCUCCCAUUGCAUUCUGUGGAUAGAGCAGACAGUCAAGAAUCGAACGUCGAAACGGCGAGAACGGAUCCAUGCGAUUUGUCACUGGGCCAGCAGAUGUUUGGAAUAACUCCCAGCUCCAGAAUAUUUUCAUCGACUCCAUUAACCCAUAAGCCAAAAGCGACUGUCUUUGGUACAAGUGAAGCAUAG